AUGUGGGAUCAGCCAACUGAAUCCCUUCCAGGUGAGGCCAAGAAUGUUUUCUCAAACGGAAAUUCGGAAGAGAUUGUGUUCUGGUCAGCGCAGUUGCUUCGAGCGAUGACCACUUUGACCAGACCAUUCUCUGAAUGGAUAUUUGAUGCUAUCUACACGCUAUUUAUGGGUCCAACAAGGGUGCUUCCCCCGAUCACGGACAACAUUCUUCUUCUCUCCGCAGUCGAGUUAACUGAAAAAAUUCGCAAGAAACAAAUAACAUGCGAAGAGGUGAUGAAAGCUUAUAUAAAACGUGUUCAGGAGGUCGAACCCUUCAUCAACUCGUGCGUUGACCAGCGCUUUGAAGAAGCAUUAAAAGAAGCUGAAGUUUCAGAUAUAAUCAUCGCCAGUGGUAAGACCGAAGAAGAAUUGGCGAAAGAACUGCCUUUACUUGGAGUUCCUUUCUCGUGCAAAGAAGCUGUAGGAGUAACAGGAUUGUCACAAACAAGCGGUCUAGCGUGGGCAGCAGAGCGAAAAUGUGAGCGUGAUUCAGAAGUUGUAGCUUUGUACCGAAGGGCAGGCGCCAUUCCCCUUGUUGUCACAAACGUUCCUGAAAUGUGUAUGUGGUGGGAGAGUGCAAAUAUUGCAUUCGGACGUACUAAGAACCCUUAUGACCACAAGCGGACGGCUGGAGGCAGUUCCGGUGGAGAAGGUGCCAUUUUGGCAGCUGCUGGAACUCCAAUUGGGAUAGGUAACGAUAUUGCAGGCAGCAUACGAAUUCCGGCCUCUUUCUGCGGAAUUUAUGGUCACAAACCUUCUCAAGGCUUGAUAUCAAACGAGGGAAGAUGGCCCCCAGUUGGUGAAGAAUACGGCCAAUUCUUAAGCACGGGGCCGAUGUGCCGGUACGUCGAAGAUCUGCCACUUCUGACAAAAAUACUAUCAGGAGACAGACUGCACCGGAUGCGCACGGAGGAGAAGGUGGAUUUCAGAAAAGUAAAAAUAUUCUACAUGGAAGAGUUUCCUGGGAUACUUCUUUCAGCCACUUCCGAGAUCAAAACAGCCGUUAAAAACGCAGCCACGCACUUUGAGACCGAGUACGGAGUUCAAGCAGUUCGGUUAAACGUUCCGGAAUUAGCCCUUGCCUUUUACAUGUGGGAAUGCAAACUCCUGGAAGCCGACGGACCUUCAUUUAAAAGUAUUUUGCGCAGAUCGGAAGAAAAUAAGGAAGUGAAUCUGUUCUGGGAGUUCUGCAAGAGCUUGAUCCACACGAGCGACCAUACAUGGCCUGCACUUUUCUUCGCAACUAUUGAUCGGCGCGAAAAGGACAAGUUUUACUACAAAUGUCUUGAGAUGUACAAAAUCCUCGAAAGGAAACUGAACGAAGCUCUUCAGGGCGACUCCAUUCUCCUGGUGCCAACCCAUCCUGAUCCUCCUCCGCAUCACUUGAUGACGAUCCCAAAAUACUGGAAUAUCGCUUAUACCUGUAUCUUCAACAUCCUGGGCUUCCCAUCUACUCAGAUUCCUGCUGGCAUGAGCCACGGACUGCCGAUUGGGAUUCAAGCAAUCGGAAGACAGUACCAAGAUCACUUGACUCUAGCUGUUGCCGUGGAACUAGAUAAGGUGUUCAGAGGAUGGAUAUGUCCUUGUCCUAUCAAUGUGUAAAGACAAACUGGUACUUAUGUAUUAUA